UGACGUCAGGCGCGGGGCGAGCAGAAGUGUCAGAGCCCCGCGGCCGCUCCCUCCUCUCCGCCGCGGGCCCGGCACCGGCAGCACCUCCGGCGGCACCUCCGGCAGCGCCUCCGCCUCCAGAUCUCUAUCAGAAUACCUGAAGCCCAUCAUGUUUUCCAAGCUGAGCCGCCCCCAGAGCCUUGCUGUUCUCUCUCGGGGUCUCCACGCAUCGCUGAGUUCUGCUGCCUCAGUUGCUCCCCAAAAAACUGCUCAAAGGCCCGUCUCCUCCGAGCUCAUCUACGAACGGGAGGCUAAAUAUGGUGCCCACAACUAUCACCCGCUACCUGUUGCUCUGGAAAGAGGGAAAGGUGUUUACGUGUGGGAUGUCGAAGGUAGAAAGUAUUUUGACUUCCUGAGUGCUUACAGUGCGGUUAAUCAAGGUCACUGCCACCCAAAAAUCGUGGAUGCUCUGAAAGCUCAGUCUGAAAAACUGACCCUGACAUCCAGGGCGUUCUACAACGAUGUACUUGGUGAAUACGAGGAGCUCGUCACCAAAAUGUUCAAUUACAACAAAGUUCUUCCGAUGAACACAGGAGUGGAAGCUGGAGAAACUGCCUGUAAACUGGCUCGCAAAUGGGCCUAUACUGUGAAAGGAGUCCCAAAAUACAAAGCUAAAAUUAUUUUUGCAGCUGGCAACUUCUGGGGCAGAACAAUGUCUGCUGUCUCCAGUUCCACUGACCCAUCCAGCUAUGAUGGAUUUGGGCCCUUCAUGCCAGGUUUUGAAGUAAUCCCAUACAAUGACCUCCCAGCUCUCGAGCGGGCCCUUCAGGAUCCCAACGUGGCAGCUUUCAUGGUUGAACCAAUUCAAGGGGAAGCAGGUGUGGUUGUUCCUGACAAGGGUUAUCUCACAGGAGUGAGGGACCUCUGCACAAAACACAAUGUUCUGUUUAUUGCUGAUGAAAUACAGACUGGUUUAGCCAGAACAGGGAAAAUGCUGGCUGUUGAUCAUGAAAAUGUGAGACCUGAUAUAAUUCUUCUUGGAAAGGCCCUUUCUGGUGGCUUAUAUCCUGUCUCAGCUGUACUGUGUGAUGAUGAAAUUAUGCUGACCAUUAAGCCUGGUGAACAUGGAUCCACGUAUGGAGGAAAUCCCUUGGCCUGCCGUGUGGCAAUGGCAGCACUGGAGGUAAUUGAAGAUGAAAACUUGGCAAAAAAUGCAGAAAUAAUGGGUAACCUCCUAAGAAGUGAGCUCAUGAAGACGCCGUCCAAUAUUGUAACCGCUGUGAGGGGAAAGGGGCUGUUAAAUGCAAUUGUAAUCCGGGAAACCAAAGACUACGAUGCCUGGAAGGUGUGUCUGCGGCUCCGCGAUAACGGACUGCUGGCCAAGCCCACGCACGGGGACAUCAUCCGUCUGGCACCACCACUGGUGAUUAAGGAGGAUGAAAUCAGAGAGUGCAUCGAAAUAAUUCACAAGACCAUCCUGUCUUUCUGAAAAAAAAAAACAACGUGGCUUUUACAGUCUGCCUGCUGACUGCUCCGAGGUGGUGUGUUGAAACGUGUUGCGAUGAAGGCCUGCUCUUGAAGCAAUCAUCUCUCAUUCCUUUUAUCUAAAGAGGACUUGUAGCUGUGUCUUUAAAUUAUAGUGGCUUGAUAAAGAAAAUACAGAGUGAUUUAAAGAG